AUGUUUAAAGCCUCGAGGGCGACGACGAGGAAGGGGAAGCUCGUUUUAGAAUCUCGCGCGCCCAAAAUAAAAGAGAACGUCCGGCAGGCGCUGCUGCUGCGCGGAACUCGGUCCAGUGCGGUGCUGAACGGUGUGCUGUCGGACGUGCAUCAUUUGAAGCGGUUCAGCGGGGGCUCGUUGAAGCUCUCGCGCGCAAACGAGCACGUGCGGCCCUUCGAGGCCGGCGGCGAGGCUCCGCUGGAGCAGCUGGCGAAGAAAACAGACAGCAGCCUGUUCAUGUUCGCCUCGCAUUCGAAGAAACGGCCUCAUAAUCUAGUCAUCGGGCGAAUGUACGACUACCAUCUGUACGACAUGCUCGAGGUGGGGGUCACACGCCACGUCAGCAUCCAACAGCUCAAAGGAGGCGGCAAGCUGUCCCCGCAGGUGGGCUCCAAGCCUUGCUUCUGUUUCAUCGGAGCCGAGUUUGACAGCGACCCAGCAGCACUGCAGCUCAAGAGCCUGCUGCUGGAUUUUUUCAGAGGAGAGGUCGCGGCAACAGUGGAUCUGGCGGGCCUCGACAGAGUCUUCGUGUGCGCCGCUCAAAACGGCAAGGUCCUAUUUCGCCACUGUGCCAUCCGCCUGAAGAGGUCGGGCACCAAGGUGCCGCGUGUGGUGCUCGUGCCCAUCGGACCGUCCAUUGACUUUGAGAUCCGACGGACGAGAUUGCCCGGGGAGGAGUUGAGGAAGGAGGCUAUGCGGGCCGUGAAGCUUGGGCAGGAGAAGAAGAUCAAGAACGUGAAGUCAGACAUGAUCAAGGGAAAGGUCGGGCGCAUCUACAUGCCCAAGCAGCAGGUGGGGUCGAUGUCUCUCAUGAAGAUGAAGGGGCUCAAGCGGGAGCGCAGGGAGGCUGCUGCUGCCAGGAAGAAGGCCAAGCAGGACGCUCCAGCUCUGUUCAAGGGGGGGGAGGGGAGAGAGGGGGGAGAGGCGGUGGAUGGUGGUGCUGGCGGCGCUCGGGAAUAG